GGUGUGGUAAAAUGUGAGUGUAUUAUAACUUGUUCAAGUCAACCGGACUUUUAUUUUGACGGGACGCCGCAAAGAGCGUUUGUUUAAGUUAACCGGACUUUUAUUUUGACGGAUCGCUGCAAAUGGUGUUUGUUAUGUGUUCGUGUCCUCGUGCAGUGAAACGCUGGCUCUGAAAGCUCCACAAGCACAAUGCGUUCAGCAAAUUCUGUUUUAUGCCUGGAUUCCUCGAUUCCGUCCGCAUUGCGGAAAUCAUAGGGCUCUAUGUGUGUCACGUGAGGUAUCGGUCUUUGGUAUCGGUGUGGCAUUACGAGAGCUUUGUAGCAGGCCGAUACCCGAUACUGGCUCCACACUGAGAAUGGAGAAGAUUGUGGAAGAAAAUGUUCCUGUUAAUUUAGUGUUACUGGGGAAAACAGGAGCUGGUAAGAGUGCAACUGGAAACACAAUACUGGGACGACCAGCUUUCACAUCAAAGAAAAGCUCCAACACCAUCACACAAGAUGUCACUGUGGAGUCUGGAACUGUGUGUGGAGUCCAGGUCAAGGUUUAUGACACACCAGGAUUCUGUGACACACAGAUGAGAGAACAGGAGAUUCAGGAGAAAUUUCAGAAUGUUCUGCAGGAAUGUGAAUCUAAACCCUGUGUGUUUCUGCUGGUCAUGAGAGCAGACAGAUUCACCGCUGAAGAACAAAACACUGUGAAGAAGAUCGAGAAACUCCUGGGACAACAGCGAAUACAAAAGACCUGGAUUCUCUUCACCAGAGGAGACGAGUUAGAAGAUGAAAACAUGACAAUAGAGGAUUUCAUUAAUGACACUGAACCCUGGAAGAAACUGAUUCAGAAAUAUGAGGGAAGAUACCAUGUGUUCAACAACAAGAAUAACACAUCUGACCAAGUGAACAUGCUGCUGGAAAAAGUUUCUAAACAGUUUAAAGAAAUGGUGUCAGGAGGAGUGAAAAAACUGAAAGAGAUUCCAGGAAAGAUGAAUGAAAGUCUCCCACACAGAAGAGUUGUGCUUCUGGGUAAAACUGGUGUAGGAAAGAGUGCAGCUGGAAACAUUUUACUGAGAAAGAAGGCUUUUAAAUCUGAACUGAAUACAAACUCUGUAACCACUGAAUGCUCUGUGAGACGUGCUGAUGUUGAGGACUGGAACGUGUCUGUAGUUGAUACUCCUGGAUUCUUUGACACACAGAUGGAUGUUGAGAAGUUAAUAGCAGAGAUAGACAGAAGUAUUCUUGUUUCCAGUCCUGGACCUCACGCUUUUCUCAUUGUGUUUCCUGUGAAUAAGAGGUUCACUGAGCAGGAACAAGAGAUUCUUCAGAUGAUUGAGAUGCUGUUUGGAGAAGAUGUGUUAAAACACUCCAUCAUCCUCUUCACACAAAGAGAUCAGUUAAAGGGAGGGUCGAUAGAGAAACUCAUUGAAGGGAAUUCUGCUUUGAGAGAUCUAGUUAAACAGUGUGGAGGCAGAUAUCACGUCUUUAACAAUGAAGACAAGAGCAACAGAGAUCAGGUCAGUGGUCUACUGCAGAAGAUUGACACGAUGAUCCAGAAGAACGGAGGAGGACACUACACAUGUGAGAUGUUUCAGGAGGCACUGAGACUAAAACAAGAGAGACAGAGAGAAGAAGAAGAGAUGCAGAGAGAGACGGAUGAACAGAAGAAGAAAGAAAGACAAGAAGAGAUUGAGAGAGAGAGAAGAAGGAUGAUGGAGGAAUAUGAGUUAAAGUUAGCUGAACUUAAGGCAGAGCUAGGACAGAAGGGGGAGAGUAAAGGAAAACUGUUUUUCCAGUGGGUUAAAAACAAUUGGACAACAAUACUUGCAGUUACUAUAUGUGGAGCUGGAGCUGGAAUUGGAGCUGGAAUUGGAGCUUUUGUUGGAGGUGAAGAUAUAGUGGGAGCUGGAGUUGAAGCUUUAGCUGGAGCUGGAGUUGGAGUUGAAGCUUUUGUUGGAGGUAAAGAUAUAGUGGGAGUUGGAGUUGGAGCUUUAGCUAGAUUGCUGUAAAUCUGAAAACGUUGAAUCAAAUGCAAGGAGAAAUUGUUUUAUACACUGUAAGUUGUUCCUGCCUUAAAAUAAAAAGAUCAAGAAGUCAUUUCAACUUAACUUUUAAAACUUGAUUCGUUGCUUUGACAUUAAGUUACUUUUUUAAUUAUAUUGAUGAGUUACAGUAAUUUAAAACAUAUGUUGCUGUCAUGUAUUGAUCACAUCAUUUACAGUUUUGAUUAUCAGGAUCUUUUUUCCACAUGAUUUAAAUAGAGAUAUUUUAUAAAACUUUCCUGUAGCUCAGUGGUAAGCGCAUUGCGUUGACAACACAAGGUUGUGGGUUUGAUCCCAGGGAUUGCACAUGCCUAUGUAUAAAUGUAUAGGAUAAAGCAAUGUAAGUCGCUUUGGAUAAAAGCGUCUGCCAAAUGAAUAAAUGUAAAUGUAAAACGUCAGUAGUUUAAACCUGUAUACUUUCACAACCUAUUAACUAUUAACAACCUAUUAUUGUAACUUUAAAUGUAUGUUUUAAUGUGGACUACACAGGGUACAAAUACUUCACGAAGAUCAACAGCACUGACUGUGACGUAAGAACCCGUAAUGAGAGCUAAAAAUAUCUUUACUUCACUGUAUUUCACAACACACUUGUGUAGCAAAGUGUGUAGGAACCGUUUAUGACUGACUUCUGUAUUCUGCUGAAUCAAUAAAAGCAUUUAAACAUA